GUCGUAUGUCCAAAUAUGCUGUUGCAUCGUCGUGGUGGCUCAUUCAUGCCAUUCGGCCAGCCAGCCAGCCAGCCAGCUAGCCAGCUUUGCUCUCAUGCGCCAGCUUUUUCGCAUUGCUCUCUCACUUUCUGGCGCUUUCUGCACCGUAACUUCCAUAUGAACAUGCGAGUAAAUUUUCCGACAAUCACUCUGGGUUCGAAUUCGAAGGCGUACACUACACAGCGUACCAGCGAGGAUAGGCGCAACGAAAAUAUUUAUUGGAAAUUUAUAAAAACAAGUGAAGCGAAACAGCAGCGGCCAACGACCAGCGAAUGCAACCAACAACUUUAACUGCAGCAACAACAGCACCAGCAGCAAUCAUAAGAAACUUAGCAGUAUUGCAAUUAAACGAACAAUUGCGGAAAAAUUUCAUGUUUUUCUUGUGUGCGGUUUUGUAAAAAAUUAAAGUAAAUUUUUUUGUGUGAAAAAAUUGUAAAUUUCUUAAAAACAUUAUUGGUUUUCAUAGUUAUUGCGUUUAAUUUUGACUUUUUAUUACAACAAAAGUUUCACAAAAUAACCAACAAGAUGUCGCGUUUAAGUAAAUCUAAUUCGUCUCAAAAGCUGUCACUUUUAAAGACUAAAAAGUUUAUGUGAUAUUUGUAUAUCGGUGCGAGUCUUGCAUUAACAACAACCACUACAAGCAUCGCAAUAAAAAAUUGCGAAAAAACGGUGUGCAGUAGUGAAACUGCGUGUUUGGGUAAAAAUUUGUAGCCAAACGCUAAAGUCGACCCUAUCGCUGUGUGGCAUUUUUUACAAACGAACUGGGCGCUUUAAAAAAAAAAAUUACACGCUUGCAGCUAAGUAAAGCUUGAGAUAAAGUUUAGCGCGAUUUAGAAAUAAAUUUCAGUCAAAAAGACUUGAGAAGCAGUCGAUUUCUGUCGAAAAAGAAACAGCCUGCGUGAACUGAGCUUAAGGAUACUGCGUAAGCUUUUGGAAGCAAGCAAAGAUUCUUCGUGCGAAAAUUUAAAGUGCGUCUUAAUCUUUAGCAGCAACAAACGCGUGCGAAAAGUAAGCGUCCACGGUGUGCUCCAACGAAAAGUUUAAAAA